GCCCUCCUCUCAUUGGACGGCAGCCGAUGCCAACGCGUGCUGUGGUUUUGCAGGGUUGCAGGUCGGAUUUUUUGCAAUCCGUGAAUGCAACUGAAUUUAUUUAGGAUUAUUUUAUUCCUGGCUCUGUACGCCCGGCUGCUGUACUGCUCCACCUGGCAAGAAAAUAUCGCAUUCUGCUUUCAGUUAAGUUGCGCGCACACGUGAAAAAACAUUUCGGGAGGUCCCUGCGGACUUUGGCAAAGGAACCACCUUUUCCUCGCACAACUGGCUUACGGUGGAGUUUAAACACCUAUAUUGCCCAGAUGCACCAUGUCUUCUGGAGACCAGCUACCGGCGCUGCCAGCGGAGCAGCAGCAGGGUCGCCCCCUGAUUAAACCAACAUUCACCGAAAAGCAAGCCGCUGAACUGGUCCGAAGGAUAUUUGGACUGGAAGUCUGCCAGCUUAGACCGCUGCCCAGCUACGACGAUCAGAAUUUUCACGUGAGCACCACUUCGUUCCCAGGGAAAGGAGAAAGCGCUGGGGACUUUGUCCUCAAAAUUAUAAACGCUGAAGAUAGCCAGAAUUCAGAUCUGGUCGAAGUUCAGACCCAGGUCAUGAUGUUUCUGUACGGCGAGGGUUUUCCGGUAGCCAUGCCCCGUCUCACGCAGGAUGGCAAGGUGUUGUUUUUGGAAACAGUAGAUACUGGAUCCUCCACCCAGAGGUUUGUGGUGAGGUUGUUGAGCUACUUGCCUGGAAAAACUGUAGCCACCCUCCCUGUGACUCCGCCAAUUCUCUACGACAUUGGACAGACGGCAGCCAAGCUCGAUAAAACGCUGGCAGAGAAAUUCCAGCAUCCGUUGAUAAAAAGCUUGCACAGGGGUGAAUUUAUCUGGAAUCUGACAAAUGUUCCUCUUCUAAAAAAAUACCUGUAUGCUCUUGGCAAGAGUGAAUAUCUGGACGCAGUGAAACAGGUGAUUGAGCAGUUCCAAGUUAACGUCAUUCCAAAACUGAGCUCUUUUCGAUCCUGCAUCAAUCACGGGGACUUCAACGACCACAAUAUUCUAGUUGAUGUGGUUUCCACAUCCCCUCCAAAUCCACAGUACAGAAUCUCCGGGAUUUUGGACUUCAGCGACAUGAGUUACGGCUACUACGUGUUUGAAGUCGCCAUCGCCAUCAUGUACAUGAUGAUCGAAAGCAAAGACCCUCUCUCGGUGGGUGGCCACAUCCUGGCUGGCUUUGAAAGCGUGGUUCCUUUGACCCCAGAAGAGCGAAGUGCCCUGUUUCUCCUGGUGUGCGGGAGGUAUGCCCAGUCGCUGGUGGUUGCCGCUCACACCACCCUUCUGCACCCCGAGAACGAAGAGUAUUUAAUGAUCACAGCCAAAACGGGGUGGAAGCAUUUGAUGAUGCUGGUCGAGAUGGGCCAAGAGACAGUUGAACAAAUCUGGUUUCAGACAGCAGAAGCCUAUCGAAAAUGAUCCACCACCAUCUCUGAGAACACCGUUACAGAUAUUAGUCAAGGUGGAAUUAGGGGAAGUCGGCACAAAAUGUAAAAAAAAACAAAAAAAAAACCACAACUUGGAAAGUUUAUGUUGCUACUGAAGAAUUGUUUUCGGGCCCAAUCCAGUUAUAUGUGUAAAAUACGGUUUGGUUUUAUUUUGGCACUUAAGCCAGAAGAGAGAAAGAAAAUAUCAAAACGGUCUGUUUUUGCAUUCAGUUGUUCAGCUGGGAGGAUUGGCAGCAACAACUAAUCUUCCUACAGACCGGAAACUUGUUGAUAAUCUUCAUUAGCACAUUCCGCACUUUUUUUUUGAAUAAAGCGAUGCUUCUUCGUAGUUUUUGUCAGAGGUUGGUGUGAAAUCCUCUCAGUUUUCGCCUCUGUCUGGUGUGUAGAGAAUCCAUACAAAAUGGUUGUAAAUCUUCUCCUGAACCUUCAGUAAGGUGGUUUUAUUAAACUUUGUACAUCUCUGCAUAGCACGAAAAGCCUCAUGUGCCUUAUAACAUUUGACAUCGAUUUUAAAAAUGGGAAAUCCAAGACUAAUUAAUAGGCUACGUUGUGAAACUUUAUUUCCACCUUAAUCUAUCUCCUCCUUUGGAAAACUCCACCACA